AUGCACAGUUGCAGAAAUGUUAGUCAACAAGCUGCAAAAUUGAUGGAAGAAAUGGAGAAAGUCCAAAGGAAAUUGAAAGACCUGCAAGAUGAGGGCCAUAAUUAUGAAGAGAGCAUCUUGUCACCUAGAAAAAAGAAUGUUUUUCUGAAGGAGAUGACCUUAUCAAAGAAGAGAUGCCCAGAGCUGCAAAUCAGAGAACACAUUGUGCAGUUCUCCGAGUUGCAAAUUGGGAGAGCGACCAAUAACUUCUCCUCACAAAAUUUCAUAGGUGAAGGAGGGUAUGGCCCAGUGUACAAAGGAAAACUAGGUGGCGUGCCAGUGGCUAUCAAGUUGUUGAGACCCCGUGGAAGUCAAGGUUUCCCAGAGUUUCAACAGGAGGUUCUAGUGCUGAGCAGAAUUGAGCACCCACACAUCGUGAGGCUAAUCGGCGUGUGCAAGGAGUCAUGCACCCUCGUUUAUGAGCACCUCCCCAACGGCACGCUCAAGGAUGGGCUCUCCAAUGGGCUCCCAUGGAGAGACCGCAUCAGGAUCCUCGCCGAGCAGCGUUCCGCGCUGGCACACCUGCACUCCAGCCGCCCCCGCGCCAUUAUCCACGCGGACAUGAAGCUGGCGAACAUCCUCCUUGACGCCAGGAAUGUCAGCCGGCUAGGGGACUUCGGGACGGCACGCGUCGUGCACAUGAAGCCGCUGGACGAGGAUACAGUCUGCCGGCGGACGAACCCGAUGGGCACGAUAGGGUACAUGGACCCAGUCUUCUUCAUGACGGGCGAGCUCACCACGGAGUCGGACGUGUACGCGUUCGGCGUGGUGAUCCUGCAGGUGCUCACGGGGCUGCUCGACCUCAACAUCGCCGAGCAGGUGCGGGAGGCGAUGAAGAUGGAUGCUGUGCACAGCCUGCUGGACACGUCCGCUGGGAGCUGGCCGGAGCUGCAGGUGGAGCGGCUCCUGCGGCUAGCACUGAGGUGCUGCCACAUGGAGCGGAAGCGGCGGCCGACCAUCACAUCCGACGCCGACUGGAGAUCGCUAGAAAUCCUGCGGACCAUGUCAACUGGGAGUAAAUCCCGGAGAUGGAGUCUGGGUAGCUGA